AUGAAACUUCAAGCCACUGAACUUCCAUUGAUGAAAAACCAGACACGAAGGUCGAAGAACCCAAAGAUAGCUCCACUGAUAGCCAUAGCUGUUCUUUUCACCAUUAUCCCCAUCUAUUACCCUUCAUUACGGUACUCUCAUAAAAGAUUAUUGGAAUCAUCGUCUUCAUAUCAUUCUCUUGAGGAUUCAAUAAGACCGACUGCUAUUUCAGACCCACUUUCACGCAAUCACUUGCAGCAGAAAGAUAGUGAACCUUGUCUCUUUAAAAAUGAGGACAAACAAUCCUGCCAUGGCCACCACUACUCUGUGGCUCCGAAAGAAGGAGAAAGAAACGUCGAGAGACCACACGAACAAGAAGAAGAUGCGGAAAGAUCAACUAACUCGAUCACACGAGACUUGGGGAUCGAAAAGAGACCAGAAAAAGAUUUCAAAAUAGUGGUCGGAGAAAGAUCACAAAAGGUAAGAAAAAAACCACCAAGACCUAGCAAGCGUCGCCGCCCGGAAACCCUAAAACUGCCGGAAAAAAAUGAUAGGAGACAGGCAAGCCAUGGUGGUGGCGAGUUGUCGGCCUCAAAGGCACUAGAAUGCGACAUAUUUUCCGGGGAAUGGGUUUGGAACCCGGAAGCGCCAUACUACACAAAUGAGACGUGUUGGGCUAUUCAGGAGCAUCAAAACUGCAUGAAAUUUGGGAGACCCGAUAAAGGGUUCUUGAAGUGGAGGUGGAAACCAGAUGGUUGUGAGCUUCCUGUCUUUGAUCCAUUUCACUUCCUGGAACUUGUUAGAGGGAAGUCUCUGGCCUUUGUUGGAGAUUCUGUGGCAAGAAAUCAUAUGCAGUCGUUGAUAUGCCUCUUAUCCAGGGUGGUGUAUCCCGUAGAUGUUUCAAAUUCAGCUGACGAAAAUUUCAAACGUUGGGAAUACAGAAGUUACAACUUCAAUAUUUCAAUUUACUGGUCACCCUUUUUGGUACGAACCCAACAGACAGACCCUAAUGAUGUAACCCGCCCCUUCAAUCUCUAUCUCGAUGAAUUCAACGAGGAUUGGACAACCAAGAUCGAAAAAUUCGAUUACGUAGUCAUCUCUGCCGGACACUGGUUCUUCCGUCCAAGCAUGUUCUAUGUGAAGCGACGCCUUGUCGGCUGCCUUUACUGCCUGCAGACCAACGUUACUCACAUGACAUCCUACUUUAGCUACCGGAGGGCAUUCCGAACUGCCUUUCGGGCUAUUAACAGCUUAAAAAACUAUAGAGGAAUUACAUAUCUGAGAACUUUUGCACCAUCACACUUCGAAAAUGGACCAUGGGACAAGGGGGGAGAAUGUGCUAGGACAAGGCCUUUUGGUGUUAAUGAGGUUGUUUUGGAUGGUUAUAAUUUGGAGAUGUAUAUGAUUCAAUUGCAGGAGCUGAGGAUUGCAAAAAGAGUAGGCAGGAAGAGAGGGCUGAAAUUUAGGUUGCUUGAUACAACACAACCUAUGUUGUUGAGACCAGAUGGUCAUCCUGACAAAUAUGGGCAUUGGCCAAUUGAGAAUAAGACUGUGGUUAAUGACUGUGUGCACUGGUGCUUGCCUGGACCUGUUGACACUUGGAAUGAUUUUUUACUAGAGAUGUUGAAAAGGGAAGAUAGGAGCUAGAUUAAAACGAAUGCUACCCAAUGAACAAAACUUCAGUCUAUAGCGGAUUCGGGAGAUGAGAUAGAUCGCCUGACCAAUUUUUUUUUAUUUGGGUGGCAAACAAAAAGAUACCAGUUAGAUUUUUGUUCAUAAAUUUUGAGUUUCUUUUUAACAAAAAACACGUAGAGGUUCAUAGACAUUGUCAAUGGAAUUGUUUGGGAGGUCUGAAAAUUGAGUUUCUAUUUGUUGUGUUUAAAGGGGAGAAUUACAACAGAACAUGUUAACCGGUAUUGCAAAUGUUGUCAUCGUUGUUGAUUUCUUGAAAAGAUUUUUUUCAUUUUCAAUUGUAUGCAAGAGAAGAAAGGUAAAGUUGUAUUGUUUCUGGCUAAAUUCUUG